AUGGAGGAAUGCUUUGAUCCAAAUGAGCCAGAGGAACAGCCACGUGGCGCACGGAUUUGCGACAUUCUGGCAGCAGCCAUGGAGAAAGCCCGUGCUGGAGAGGGUGAAACCAUUUUUGUGGAUUGCAGUACUUCCAGAGAGCGGAAUGUGGAGAGUGCGGCAAAUGUGCUGACAUGCGUGACUCCCAAGCAUGAGAUCUAUUUGAAUUUGCUUUCCAGAUAUGUGAAGCCACAGGAGUACCUCAAUGCUCAAGGGAUAUGGCGCGUAGAUGCAGAGAAUGUCCAGGCAUAUGACAAGAUGCUAGAGAAUGGCCUGGCACAGGAAUUGGCUGGGAACUCCUUCACCAGCACUGUGGUGCAGGUGAUUGAAAUGAUUCGCGGUGACAUCAAGGCAACCGGCCUUGAGACUACCAAACAGCAAGAUGAGGAGCUUGCAUCCAUGUCGCCUCAGCGUCUCCACAAGUUCUUCCAGGAGCUGGCAGACAAUGCUGAAUCUUUGCUCCAGCCUAUCAACAUGGACAUAAACGAUGGUGAUCUCCUGAACCUAGGAAACCUGGACAAGAUGCGCGAGGAGAUGAAUCAGCCACGUGGUGCAAUGGAUGAUCUUCUGCACCUUACAGACUUACCGGAUGUGGACGGGGAGGACGUCGAUGGCACGUUGGUUCACAUGAGGGUCCAAGAACUAGCUGGUGAGACCAAGCUUUGCUGGGCAAUCCAGAAGGGUGAUGAUAGCUCCACUCGUGUGGCGCUGCCUACAUAUAUCAGUCAAGUGCUGGAGAUGAGAGUAUGUAGCUUUGUCAGUGAGCAUUCAGCAUGGGAAACAAGAAUUGAGGGUCGGUUUGCUCAGGGCAAGAAUUUAAGCAGCCGACAACAGAAAGCGUAUGAUCAAUGGAAGUUGAGAUGUGAGCAGCAGCUGGUGUUCUCCAAGCAACAUGAGUGCCUGGUGUGUGAUUCCAAAGAUGUUGAUGAGAGGUGCUUCUCAAUUGACCUUUUGCUGCGUGAGGAUCCUGAGAAGCUGAAGGUCAAGGCCAGCGACGGGUCUGAGUACAGGCUUGUCUUGUUGCAGAGUGCCCCGUCCAUCCAACCUCAUGAUGACCUACCCUCAGAACUGGAUUUGGAAUUGCCCGAGGGCAUUGCUGAAGGCAUGGAACUAGCGGAAGAGGGUUCAGCUGAAUCAGGCGAGGAAGCUGCACCCGAUGAGUUUGCUGCUCUUCAAGAGGCAGAUGAGCAGUACGCCCAUGACAACCUGGAAGCUGAGCCUGAUGCAGAUCUGUUUGCACUAGCAGAUUCAGAUGAGGAAAUAUGUUUGGAUGAGGACAACAUCACGCAAAGAAGGUGA